AAACGGGCGCGGACUAUGGGACGACGACGGAGCGUUACAGAGAUUGGCCGACGGCGCUCGGCCUGCUCCCUGCUGUGCACCGCCGCGCGACACGUAUUCGGCGCGGGGGACGGUGUCGCGCAUCCGCGCCGUGCCUCCUCGCUGCGCUCCACCUGUCCGCCGUCACGAGGCGCUCCCAUGCUGCACUGCGCAUGGAUACAAUACAACUAUGCAGCAGCGCAAAGUGCAAGCGGAACAGACGCACCGAACCGGCAAAGCCACUGCUCACCUCCCCGCGCCCUCUCUCUCUCUCUCUCUCUCCCCCUCCCGCCCCUGUUGCUCCCUAUCCUAUUCUUAUAGUCUAGAACUCUAGAUCCACAAAGAAGGGGAGGCAACAAGGCAGGAAGCUUUGGAGCUGUAGGAACACUGUAGAUCCAGCAGCAGCCAGUGGCAGAUUUGGAAGGAGAGGAGGGUACGUGCAUGGCCAGCAGCAAGUGGUGGGAGCAGGCGGCACUGGACUUCCCGCCGCCGCAGCAGCACCAUCACCAGCAGCCGCAGCCGCAGCAGCAGCCGCACCAGGCGGUGCCCAUGCCACCGGCGCUAGCAACGGCGCCAGCCGGGGCCGUGGGGGCCUCGCCGGAGGGCAAGCAGCAGGGCCAGCAGCAGGCGGGCGCCAUCGUGCCGCUGCGGAGGCCGCGGGGGCGGCCGCUUGGGUCCAAGAACAAGCCGAAGCCGCCGGUGAUCAUCACGCGGGACAGCCCCGACGCGCUGCACUCGCACGUCCUCGAGGUGUCGCCGGGCGCCGACGUGUGCGCGUGCGUGGCGGAGUACGCGCGCCGCCGGGGCCGCGGCGUCUGCGUCCUGGGCGCGUCGGGCGCGGUCGGGGACGUGGCCGUGCGCGGCGCCGCGGCGCCGCUCCGCGGCCGGUUCGAGCUCCUCUCCGUGACGGGCACCGUGCUGCCGCCCCCGGCCCCGCCCGAGGCGUCCGGCCUCGCCGUGCUGGUCUCCGCCGGCCAGGGCCAGGUCCUCGGCGGCAGCGUCGUGGGGCCCCUCGUCGCCGCCGGGCCCGUCACGAUCUUCGCCGCGACGUUCGCCAACGCGGUCUACGAGCGCCUCCCGCUCGCCGAUGCCCCCGAGCUCGAGGUCAAGCCCGACCUCUCCACCGCCACCUCGGCUGGUGGGCAAGAUGUGCAGCCGCAGCUCCCAAUGGCGCCCUCCCACCAGCAACCUCCGGACAUGGGCGCGGGCUACGCUGGCCACCGCUCGCCUCCGUACCCGUGGGGAGGCGACGUAUGAGCAGCCCCGGCGGUCUUGGUUUUCUUGGUCCUAACAUUGACUAGAGAACUAGGUUUUGUCAAGGUAAUUGUUGUUGGGCUGGUGGUACUGCAUGCAGCAUACAUGGAAUUGAUUCAUUGGAGCCCUUCUUGGGCUCCUGUAAUUUCCUUCUCCUUGGAUUUGUGGUUUUUGUUGCGGGAAAUGGACUGGUUUUGGCCACAGGGAGCCAAAGAAUAUGGAGCAUUAGAUCGGCAUGGUGCUUGCAAAUUACUCUAGCAAAUACAGCAGGUUCGGCGCUGGAGCCAAGUGUUUUUAAUUGUGUGGGCUGUGUGGUUAAAUGAGGUGAGUGUUCUUGUUCAAUGCAGACUGGCAUUUAGGCGAAUCAACUGAUCUCGCGCUUACCACUGCAUCACAUUUCUUAUCUUCUGAUCUGGCAACACUAUCUACAUGUGAUUAAUGCACUCAUGAAAAAACUGAGAUCCCGUUGCCGAAUUACGCUUAUAUAUGUGUCACACUAGUCGAUUUCAUUUCAUUUGAUCUUUCUUUUA